GGCGGCGCGGGCCCAGCAGGGACAUGGCGGAAAGUUCUGAUUGGGUAGAGAUCAUUGAGCCACGUUCUCGGGAGCGAAUGUAUGUCAAUCUGACAACUGGUGAGUGUGGCUGGGAGCCACCUUCCAACCUCAGAGUUCGUCAGUCUGAUGAAAACCAGUGGUGGGAGCUCUUUGACCAAAACAACAACCGCUUCUACUACUACAAUGCCAUUACACAGCAAACAGUGUGGCAUAGGCCACAGGGGUGUGACAUUGUUCCACUGGCUCAGCUCCAAGCCAUAAAACGCAGUUCCCAGCCUGACUUCAGGACGUCCCAGCACAGGGGUAGCACAAGUAGUGAUGGACGAAACACUCCCAUCCAAGUGGCCCUUUUACAAGAGAUGGAGAAGGGCAAAGAGGACAGCAGCUUGGAGAAGAAACCAGAGACUGGAAGGGACACCCCUACCCGGUGGCAGCCUUUACCAGGGACUAAAGCAGCCAUGCUAGUCAAAGUCAACAGUCUGAGACAAAUAAAUUCUUCCUCAAGCAAUUCUCUUCAGAUGCAGGGCAAUGUAGAAGCCAGCAGCCAGAAAUCUCUGCUUCCAAAACCAGUUCUUUAUGCCCAGCCUCAGUCUACAGCCCCAAACCCAUCUGCUCAAAAACCAGCAGCUCCGAUAGAAACAAAGCAGUCAAUGCAAAUUAAGAAGACAGAGAAUGGAGGUUUUUGUUUAGUGUUAACUAAUGGGCUCCCUUAUCAGGCUCCUUCAGGGAAUCAGACUCGAACAUCACAGCCUGCAUCUCCCAAAUAUGCUACUCCAGCACCGAUAUAUGAUGAGCCAUCAAUCGACUUGCCAAUUUAUGAUGAGCCCCCUGUAGAUAUGGACACUGGCAGUGUAAAUGUGAAUGGAACAAAUCCACAAAUAACACCAAGCAAUAGCUUAAAUAAGAAGCCCCAACAAAUUAAAUUAUUACAACAUCCAAGUAUGCAGCAGCACCAAGCUGGAAAAAAACAUGUGAGAAAUCCUUCUGCAACAGAAUACAGCCCCGUUGGAAGAGAAUAUAUUAAACACAUGGUCAACAUAGACCAGUCUUCCAAAAGUCCUCAUUCUACAGGAGCGAUAGUUGAUGGUGUUGCUAAACCACAGCUAGGGCAGCUGAGUUCCAGGGACAGCUUCAAGCACUCUUGGAAAAUCUUGGAAGCUAAUGUUCUCAAAAAUAUGGAGGCCCACCAUAAUCGGCAGAACAGUCUUCAGACUCAAGAAUACCCUACAGUUGUCAGUCAGCAAGAUUCUGGUUACUCAACAGGGCCUUCUCCAAGCCUGAGAAAGAGAAAAGGCAGACGGCAAGCUCCGGGCCAGGGAAGGCCUGGUUCUGUGGGCAGCAGCAGUGAACUGAGUGCUCUGAAUGAUAAGCUGAUUGCUGAGAUGCGCGCUGUGGUGAACAGAUCUGCUACUUGCAGAGGGAGCAAAGGUAGCCUAGAUGCAGAAAUGCUGGAAAAUUCUAACCUGCCAGAGGGAAAUAAAAUUAAGUUUCAAUCAGACCGCUUGAAAAAAUGCAAUAGUAGGAGCUCAAGAGACGACGUGACCUCUAGUAACAGGUCACUAUAUAGACCCAGAAUGAACAGUAGGGGAAGCAUUUCAAAUGAUCUGGCAAUACAGCAAGACACCGUGAGGCAAAAGAGAACCUACGAAAAAAUAGAUUCUUUAGAAAAGAAUAUGGCCAAUCAGACAAAUCUUUCUUCGUUGGACACAGCACAAAUAUUAUCCCAGAGUGGAGCAACAGAGUCAGAUUCCCAACAAGAGAAUAAUGACCAGUCUGGCACAAACAUGGGGUAUCAGUUUCCAUUCCACACCAUACGGAAGCCCAUCUCUCAAAUCAGCAUGGCAGACUGGGCUUCCAAAAAUUUGAAUAUGCACACUCAGGGCAUCUUUCGCCGAAGGCUCUCUAUUGCCAACAUGCUCUCCUGGAAUGGAGGAUCCAUCAAAAAACCAAUGCUCAUCACCAGCAACCACACCAUCAAAAAGGAAGCUUGUGAACUAUUUAAACUGGUACAAAUCUACAUGGGUGACCGGCAAGCCAGGAUGGACAGGGACCACGUGGCCUUGAUCGCCGUCACCAAAUGCUGGAGCAUUCAAGGCUUGCGGGAUGAGCUGUACAUACAACUAAUCAGACAGACGACAGACAAUAUGUGCUAUCGAAGUCUGGCAUGGGGCUGGGAAUUCAUGGCCAUCAGUCUGGCCUUUUUCUCUCCAUCGCCCAAGUUCCAGUCUUACCUGGAAGGUUACAUCUAUCGCCAUCUCAGCCAGGUUAAUGAUGAAAACAUUACCCAGCGCAUUAAGGAGCUUCUGGAUCUGAAAAACAAAAAGAACUCAAAAUCCAGGAAAAAGAGGAAGCAAAACACAGAGGAUGAAGGUCUGCCUAUCAGCACUUACGCCAGAUACUGUUACCGGAAGCUGCAAAAGGUUGCAGUCACUGGAGGCAAAAAGGGACUUCGGAAACCUACAAUUGAAGAGAUAACCCAUGCUAAGAAUGCUAUUGUGACCCCUUCGCUGUUUGGCAGUUCUCUGGAGGAAAUAAUGUUGCGGCAGCAGGACAUGUAUCCUGAUAACAAGCUGCCUUGGGUACAAACACAGCUGUCUCGGCAAGUUCUGCAACUAGGCGGCGAAAAGACUGAGGGAAUAUUCAGAAUUCCUGGUGACAUUGAUGAAGUCAAUGCAUUAAAACUGCAGGUGGAUCAAUGGAAAAUCCCUGAUGAUCUUAGUGAUCCCAAUAUACCAGCUUCUCUGCUAAAGCUCUGGUACCGAGAGCUAGAAGAGCCUGUCAUCCCACAGCAGUACUACAAAGAGUGUAUUAGCAAUUAUGAGAACCCUGAUGCCGCUGUGGCAGUGGUGGAUCUGCUGCCAGAACUCAACAGAUUGGUCUUGUGUUACCUCAUCCACUUCUUACAGAUUUUUUCUCAGCCAGUCAAUGUGGGCAAGACCAAGAUGGAUGUAAACAAUUUGGCCAUGGUGAUGGCCCCCAACUGCCUACGAUGUCAGUCUGACGACCCCAGAGUCAUCUUUGAAAACACCCGCAAAGAGAUGUCUUUCUUGCGCAUGUUAAUAGUGCACUUGGACACCAACUUUGUCAAAGGCAUGGUGUGAAGGGCUGGCUUCGAUCGUGGAAGUAUGAAGGGAGCAAGGAACUCUUGCCGAUAUUACUUUCUGUAAACCUUGGACCUUCCGCUCUGCAGUCUCCAGGCUCCUGUGAUUGUUUCUGUUGCUGUAACAGACAUUUCUUGGCUGCAGCAACCAUGCUGAUGAUUUCAGAGGAGGCCCACGGGAAUGCAAGUGAACGAUCAUACCAGAAAGAGUAGGGAGGCAUCAGCAAGCCAACUCCCAGCCCAUGCUCUGAGGGCACUCCGAAAGACUUUCAAGAGAUAUUCCUGGGAAGAUGGAGUGCGAAGGCAGAUAGGCUCCUGCUUAAACAAAAUACCAGUGUUGAGCUGUGUUGCCAUGCACUGGGAAUCCGCUGCACAUUAAAAGUGGAAUUUAUUGGGAUCCUACCCCUAGAACUAACUGCU